AUGGGAUUUACAAUGUUGACAGUCAUAAAUGGAAAUCAAUCUUCCGAAAGUGAAUUUCAUGUAGUUCCGACAAAUUUUCCAAUUAUAGGCGAUGGUAUUUUGGGAAAACCAUUUUUAACGGAGAAUCAAAUUGUCAUUGACGUAGGAAAAGGGGAAAUUACAUCAAAAUUAGAUGACGUCACAACUAUUCCAACUAGAUGUGAAACAAUUAUUCCAGUAGAUGUGUCAGAUCUACAAAUUCAAGAACAUCACAGCAUACUAGUUUACGCUCAAAAUAUAAAUAAUGAAAUAAUAUGUGGAAAUAUAUUAAAUCAAGUAAAAAAUCAUCAGAUUCUCAUAAGUAUAAUUAACCCAACAGAAACUCAGAUUGUGGUAACUACACCAAAACUAACAGAGUUAUCACACGAAAUAAUAAAUGAAGAAUCAAUAAAACAUUUUAUACAUACUAAUAAAGUAACAAAAAAUGAACAAAAUCGGAUUUAA